AAAAGAAGAGGUAAACCCAACGAAUGUGAUUAAACGACAGAGGUUCCCUUCUUUGGCGGUUGAGAAGCUUGGCGCUAUCGCUUUGGUCCUUGCUUUGAAGUUGAAGCUGUGAAAUUGUAAUUUGGAAUUAGAAGUAGUCAUGGGUGGUCAUGGUGGUCUGAAUAUACUGCCUCAGAAGCGGUGGAAUGUGUACAACUUUGAUAAUAGAGAGAAGGUGCGACAGGACGAAGAAGCUGCCGCCAAAGAAGAGCAGCUCAAGCGUGAACAGUCGCGAAAGCGGGAUGCUGAGUUCCGUCUUGAGCAGCUUCGGACUGCCCGUGGCUUGGCUCCGGUGAGCCAAGGGGAGAAGCCUGCUGCAGUGGAAUCAAAGCCGGGUCAUAUUAAUCUGUUUGAAGGGAUUAAGAUUUUUGACCCUAUUAGAGGAUUAGAGAAUGAGGGAGGUGAUGGUAAAGAUGGGUUUAAGAAGAAUAAGAAGAUGAAGAAGGAGGAGAAGCCCAGGGUUGUGACUGCAGAAGAUGAGAAGUAUAGGUUGGGUUAUGGAGUUGCUGGUAAAGGAGUUAAGCUGCCAUGGUACCUUGAAAGGCUGAGUGCAGAUGCGAAUGAUGACAGUGGUGACGGUGAUGAAUCGUCCAGAGGGGCUAAGGGGGAGAUGAAGAACAAGAGUGGGAAGAAGACGUUGGAAGAAUUGCGGGAAGAACGAUUAGAAAGGGAGAAGCGAGAGAAAGAAAGGGAACGCGCACUGAUUCUGAACAAGACCCGAAAAGAUGGAGCUGCUUUGAAGGAUAGAAGGUUUUCUAGGAGGUGAGUUUACGGAAGUGUUCUUAAUUAACCAGAACUUUGAAUUAUCUGAUUGAAGUUGUAUUUGUAGUCUGUAUAGUUUUGGUGUUUAACGUUUUGGAUUCGUGAUGCAUCAAAGGAUGUUAUGGUUGUUUCUAUGGUGUUACAAUGAUAUUACAUAUAGUGGAUUGAUACCCUGCAA